ACUGGGGUAAUGGGGACCCUCAGAUAACCCCUGUUGUGAUGUGUCUGCGGUUGGCUCGGAGGAGAACCGAAGGGACUGGCUGGGAGGAGAAGGGGUGGGCAGCUAAGUAUUUUGGGUCCUAUGAUUAAAAAAAGCCAGUAGUUUGGCGCUUUUUAUAGCUCACUACUUGAAGCUUAGAGGUUCACUGGGGAGGGAUGGGAAGAGGAAAGGGGAAGUACAGGCUUGCCCUGACCAAGUAUCCUGGGUCUGUGCCCCCUCGCCCCUUUAGGGGCCGCGAAGGUCAGUCUUGGGGUUAGAUUUGCUGGGUUCUGUAUUGGUACUGAACUGGGUCUUGCAGUGCACCCCCUCAUUCCGAACCCCGUUCCUCUGGGUUUGAAGUGCAUUCUUUCUGAUACCAGGGAAGUUUGAGACAAGUGAACUGGAGGACUUAACAUCCGACCCCACUUUAGUCUGUCACCUCCCCCAGCCACUUGACUCUCUGCCCCCCAAUCUGUGUUUCUUUGUCUCCUCUCUAUUUAUGUGUCCGCCCUCUUCCCUCCCCUCCCUCCUCCCCCCUCCUCUCCUGUUGGGGUCAGGGCCUGGGAGCUUUGAAGACAGAAAGAUGGGGCAGCUGGACCAGGGUGCUUAUGGAAGGGGACACUCUCCCCAUAUGCCCUGGUUGGGGUACAUUCUCUUUUUCUUCUUGCCUGCCUGCCAAUAUGUCCUUUGCUGCCCUCUCCCUAUGCCCCACUCAAUGGUCUGAUCUGUUUCUUCCUCUUCUUUCUCCUCCCCAAGCUGGUGGUAAAGGGGCAGGAUAUGAGGAUUUGAGCCAUGUGGGUGGCCGGGUCCCUGUCCUGUUUGGAAGCCCUGGGGGCUGGUUCUGGACCUGUCAGGAGUUGAUUUACAGCCCCUCUUGCCCAGCUGCCCUUCCUCUGCAGAAGCCCAAUGGAGAGUGGGGUGGCUGGGAGGUCAGGUUAGGGGGUCACAGGGGUUCUGUGGUUCUCAGAGACGCAGCAUGCCCUGAAUGCAAAGCUUUGGAGUGGAAAGAUGACUGACUACUUCUUGUUAAAUAUUUAGGAUCACCAAGGGGCUGCUAGCCCAAUAGAUCCAGAAAGGGGAAAAUGAGUUACCGAAGCAGGGAUGAAUAUUGGAGGGAGGGAUAUGGGGAGCCAGGGUAGUAGGGAGAGUUUGGGAAUUAUAGGAUUUAGAAUUGGAGAGGAUCUCGAAAAUGAGAAAAAUAAAACUCAGACAAGAAAAGAGACAUACUCACUUCCAACAGAAAAGAAAUAUAACGGAAAUCUUUGCCCCUGGCUGGAGUGAGAAAGAAUGAGGAAUCUGUUGGGAGGCAGGGGACUGUAUGAGUUGACCCUGGUGAACUGCUCCCCUCCCCUCCUUUAAAUGUCCAGGAAGGGCCUGGGCAGGUCCUGGCCAGCUAUGAUUACGAGAGGCUCCCGCCCUGUGGUUACAUCCUGGACUUCAGUGAAGGCGGGAGGCAGGAGGGGCCGGCUGGGAGGGUGGCUGGGCCCGGGAGCCCGCAGUGGACAGCUUUGUCUUGGCCUCUGGAGUUUUGAGGCUGGGAAGAGGCCUUACCUAGAGGCACAGCUAGUCUCCGUGGCCCAUGGGGUAUUGCUCACCCCUGCCCUGCUGAGAUGCAUCCAUCUUCACUGGCCUCCCCAUCCCCCACCCGGAGGCCCAGCGCUGUGGAGAGGCUAGAGGCGGACAAGGCCAAAUAUGUCAAGACCCAGCAGGUGAUUGCCCGGCGCCAGGAGCCAGCCCUUCUGGGAGGAACGGGCCCCCUGACUCCUCACUCCUGCAAUGAGCUGGAGCCCCCAACCUCCCCGAGGCCUCUUGGGCCAGCCCGGAGAGGCAGCGGCAAGCGGCUUCUGAGACCCGAUUCGCUUAUCAUCUAUCGGCAGAAGCGGGACUGUAAGGCAGUAAACAAGGAGAAUGCCAAGGGGCAGAGCCUGGUGCGGCGCCUCUUCCAGGGAGCCCCCCAGGAUCCUGCCGGAAGCCCCAGCCCAGUGGAGCGUGUGGCUCCCCGAGCAGGAUGGGCCACAGCUGGGAAGGGUCCCGGAGCCUCCCAGCCUACAUCUCCUGAGUCGAGCAAGAGAGCCCUCUGUCCCACAUGCUCCCUGCCCCUGUCUGAGAAAGAACGUUUCUUCAAUUACUGUGGGCUGGAGCGGGCCCUGGUGGAGGUGCUGGGUGCUGAGAGGUUCUCACCUAAGACCUGGGAGACAGAUGCCAGCCCUCCACUGGGCAGACCCAGUUCUGAGGGUGGCAGCGAGUGGGAUUCAAGUGGGGCUGAUGGUGGCGGUGGAGACUCUGAGGUGGGCACUUCAAGAGAUGGGCAACCCCCUGUAUCUGUGGUAGAGCGAAACGCCAGGGUCAUCAAGUGGCUCUAUGGGUGCCAGCGGGCUCAGGCACCCCCCCUGGAGUCAGAAGUGUGAAGGGACAGUGGUAUAGGAGCUGGGCUCUUCCCUGCCUUCUGGGAUGGGGCAAGUCAUUGUCUGUGGGAAAGCACUGAUGUUCCAGGCCUGAUGCUCUGGCUGAGGGGGCAGGACCCAAGUUGGAGUAAUUGGGGAGAGGGAGGGUAACCCCAUAGCCCCUGUGGAGGCUUGGUCUGGGGAG